AUGACCUCUCCUGGGAUAUAUCGCCCUGUGUCGGAGGAAGUGGAGCACGACAUCAUGGUGUCAGCUCUCAAGCAAGUGAUCAACGGCGGCAUUGAUGGUCUCACCCAGGAUUUGCACCUUCAAAUGCUACCACCCGCCGCUCAGAAUGACACGUCAGCAUCAUUCCCUUCAAUUGGAGCCAGCGUGGAUGCUGACGCGUGCCCAGUAUCCAGGAUUAACUGUCCGGGGUGCGAUCUCUUCCUCCCCAUUACAGAAAGCAACGAGAAGAAGAACAAAUCGUCGACAGCGAUGACGACGACGAAGAAGAAGUACAGGGGAGUAAGGCAGAGGCCGUGGGGGAAGGGGGCGGCGGAGAUAAGGGACCCGAGGCGAGCGGCGAGGGUUUGGCUGGGGACGUUCGAGACGGCAGAGCAGGCGGCGAGAGCAUACGACGGGGCUGCAUUGGAGUUCCGCGGAGCCAGGGCGAAGCUCAACUUCCCAGAGUCGGAAUACGGGGAGACAAGCCAAAGCGCAGCCGCAGAGGAGGCUAAGCCAAACGUAGGGGAAGGGGCGGAUGAGUCGAAGAGCAGCAAUACAGUGAGUGUGGAAGUGGGAGAGAGCUCUAAGGAAGAGAAUGAAUUCUGGGAUAAGUUCACUGAGGACGAGCUUAGAGGGAUGAUGACGGAUUUGGACCCAAGGCGGGCGGCGAGGGUGUGGCUGGGAACAUUCGAGACGGCGGAGCUGGCAGCGAGGGCCUAUGACAAGGCCGCCAUCGAGUUCCGUGGAGCGAGGGCCAAGCUCAACUUCCCGGCGUCGGACUACGCAGAUAAAAAGCAGAGCGGGGAGCAUGAGAAAGCUGACGAGGAGAUGCCAAAUGUAGCGGCGGAUGAGUCUAAGAGAACUAAUAACAAGAGCGAGACUGAGAGUGUGAAAGAGGAGUUGUGGGAUAUGUUUACGGAGGACGACCUUAGAGGGAUGGUCAUGGAUUUGCUUUGA